AUGAAUGAGAAAACCAUUCCCCCUCCAACAAUGGCAAGUGCUAAAAGAGCUUUGAAGCUGGAAAAUCUUAUUCCAGAAAAAGUGCCAGCAAUAUCAUCAGCAAAAAAUGGCCUUCUUUUUUCACCAAUAACAGGAACAUGUCUAAUGAAUUCAUUUUCAAGUCCCAGGAGAAAUGACCUAUCAAAUGAAAUCAGAGUGUCUUCCAAAGUCUUGCCAAUCCAAUCCAAUAUAAAGGAGCAACAUCAAAUGAAAAAUAAUGACAAACUCUCGGCAUUGCAGUCUGAAGUUGAACAUUCUCUGGAAAGAUUCCUGCAAAUCCGAAAAAAACUAACCAAUCUGAAGGCUUUAGAGGGCACCAGAGAGCUGGAAAAUAUUCUGGGCACUUCAAACAAGUCUGGUAAUUUAAAAAUUGAACUGAGAAAAUCCAGGAAACUGAUUGAGCAAGUCAGAAAGAGAAACCUGAAAAAACCAGGUGCUGCUAGACUUUCUACUCAAGAAAAUCUCCAGCCUACCAAUAGCUUUGCAUUCCUGAAAUCUCUCAUUGGCUAAGCUUUCUUCGUACACUGAGCAUGAGGAUACUACAUGUCUUAAGAAUAUACCAAGCAAGGCUGCAAGAUUCUCCAACUGCCUGAUCCUACUUAAAAGGUU